UUCAUUUUGUAGAAAAAUUCGGUAUUCCAGGAGUAAUAGGGUGUAUUGAUGGAACACAUGUGGCUCUGAUUAAACCUUUUGAGAACGAGCAUCUAUUUUUUAACCGAAAAGGAUUUUUUAGCAUAAACGCAAUGAUUAUUUGUGAUUUUGAUAUGAUAAUAAGAGCAGUAGAUGCAACUCGGCCUGGUGCAAGCCAUGACGCUUUCGUAUUUAGUAUGAGCAGUGCAAAACACUAUUACCUAUCGCAGUAUGAAGCUGGUGACCGAGGGUCUUGGCUACUGGGAGAUUCUGGUUUUGGUAUAGAGCCAUUUCUACUGACUCCAUAUAGAAACCCAGGCCCAAGAUCAGCAGAACACAGAUUUAACCAGCAGCAUGGAAAAGCACGUAACAUCGUUGAGCGUGUUAUAGGAGUAUUAAAAAGUCGGUUUCGUUGUUUGAAAACUACCCUGCCAUAUACGCCGCAAAAGGUAGUGAAGAUAAUAAAUGUUUGUUGCGCACUACAUAACAUAUGUAGGAGUAAUCAAAUAGAUGACAUUGAAACGGAAACCGUAUUAGAAAACAAUCCAAUUAAUGAGGAAAUUGCUGAAAAUGAGGAAAACAGUAGUUUAUAUAGUGUUGGCAGAAAUAUAAGAGACUCUAUUGCUAGAAAUUUAAUAUUAUGA